CUGAAAUACAGAAUACUACUUAGCAUUUAUCAGUUUUUCACGUUUUGUUCAAUAGGUUUGUGGUCGAGAUUGUCUCAAAAUAAUAUGUACUUAGUUUAGAUAAUAGAUAGUACAUUAAUAUAAAAGUACCUAUACCUAUCCAUAAAAGCAACAAAUCAAUGCCUUGUGCGCUGUAGUUAUUCGAAUAAAAUGGCGACCAUCGAAAAAUUAAGUGACGUUUGGGAACAGUUUAUAUCAUUUGAAUCUAUACCGGAAUUAUGGAAAAAUCAGCCUACAUAUUUAUUAGUCCAGAUGUUAUUUAUUAUAGGUGGAGCAGUAACACUUAUACACGCACUUACUAAUGGAGGAAGACGUCCUCAACUUUGGUUAUCCAUCAUUUGUCAUGGUUUGGUUGUUGAGAGUAUAUGUUAUAUCAUGCCUGAAAUAGACAAUUUUUGGCAUAGUACUGCACCAGUUAUGUUCUUCCGACAUAGGCUUCCAUUAUAUGUCAUUAUCUUAUAUCCUGUUUUUUAUUAUAUAGCAAUUGAAGUAGCGUACAGGACAAACAAAACAAAAACAGGUUUUAUAGUUACUGUAGGAUUAAAUGUAUUUUUGAUUGAUUUACCAUAUGAUAUAAUGGGUAUAAAAUUUAUUCAUUGGACUUGGCAUGAUACAGAUCCUAACAUAGGGGACCGAAUGUAUUGGGUACCAUGGACUUCUUAUUAUUUUCAUAUGGUGUUUUCUGCAAGUUUUGUUUUUUGGUUUUUCAAAAAAGGUGUAAAUCUUAACCAAACAUAUACAUCCAGAACAGAGAUUUUAACUUCUCUAAAAACAAUAUUCCUUAGUACGCCCUGUGGAAUAUUAUGCUUUUCUGUACUAUAUCACCCAUUACAUGAUCUGUAUAAUGUUCCAACAGACAUAAUAACAAUGUUUUUAAUAGCAUUAUACAUCAUGUUGUCUAUUUUGAAACGCAAACCUAGAAAAAUGUUUGACCGUMCAUCCACUAUGAUUAUGUACUUGAUUGUGUAUUAUGCAACAUUUUUGUGUUUCGCAAUAUGGGGGAAACCAGAAAAUGAAAUUUCAAUUGGACCUCAUGAAGAAAUUGGCCCAUGCAAUAUCACAGUAUCAUCUUUUGGAACAGAAUUAAAAAAACGUAAAUAUUUAUGUAUUGAAGACUAUAAUGAAGAUUUUGAUUUUCAUUGUGUGAAUGAUGUUCCUGCUCAACAUAGCCAAAUGUAUACAAUAUGUGGAACACCUUUUAAGAAUCAGAUUGAAUAUAUUGUUUUAAUWAUCACAAUUAUGAUAGUAGCAUUUACACAUUUUAACGAAUCAUUUAAAAUAAUAAAACAGACUAAAAAAUCUCAUUGAUAAUAUCAAAAUUUUAUUAUUAAGCUAGAGAAAUAUGAAAAUAAUAAUAAUAGUAUGAAUUAAAUUGUUUACAUAUAAAGUAUUCAUUAAACAUUAAAAAUCUGUCCAAUACACCUCAUGCUUAUCUGGUUGAUGUAGUUUAUUCUUGAAAUCGUUCAUGUUGAUUAUAAAUUUGUAAUAUUUAUAACAAUUUUUUAAAUAUUGCCAGUUUUGUAGAUAAAAGACAUUGUAUGGUAUUGAGGUUUUUUAAACUAAGAUGAUUUACAUUUAAGGAGUGAUUUAUAAAUAAAAUGUAAACUUAAAUU